AUGUCCAAAGCACGAGUUAUCCUUCAAAAUGUCAAUUCUGCCAGUUUGUUGAUGAAUAAUGUGGACGAAUGGAAAUCAACUGUGAAUAAUCGAGGAGUGGUUCUAUACCUUUCUUUUAUGAAAGGAUGUACUCCCGAAGAUGUUUCAAAAAUAGUGAAACAAAUUCUUCAAUCGAAAAGCAUUUCUACAGGGCUAGACAAUGGAAAACAAGCAAUUUGCGAGUUAGAUAAUUUCGAUAUUGUUAUAGUUCCCCAAGCUUCAAUUGCAGGAAAAUUAAAGGAUAAGAAUUUCCAAUAUUAUCAAUUAAUUGACAAAGAUACAGGAUUGCAGUUGUAUGAACAUUUUGUUAAAGAAGUCCACUCUAUGAUGACAGGAAGAGAAGGCACUGUUAUUAUUUCAGGCACUUAUGGAAAUAGACAAGGUUUACAAUUCUCUUCAGAUGGGCCCUAUUGUCACAUAUUCGAUGUGUAG